AUGCAACGAUCAAUCAAUGCAAUAGUUGGUAUAAGUGAUAAUAGUGUAUCUAGUGCAUUAAAUAGUCUUCCAGAUCUUCAUGUUCGUUUUGCAACAAACGACGACGCUGCAUAUUCUUUAAUUCCUGAGAGUGAUAAGAAAAAAGUCAAAAAACUCUCACGACUCAUUUCAACGACAGCUUAUGAAUUCGAUCGACAAUUAUCAGUAAGACAAAGAAAAACUGAUCAAUUUCAAGCAGCACGAGAUGGAAAUUUAGUAGGUUUAGAAAAUUUAUUUAACGAAAAUAGAUCGAAUCCUCGAAUAUUUUUUAAUCGACUCGACCCUGAAACAAAAUUAACUGCUUUACAUUAUGCUGCACGUUUUCAUCAUUUAGAUAUCUGUGAAUAUCUUAUUAAAAAUUGUGAAGCCGAUGUUAAUAAAGCCGGUGAAGAUGGUAUGACACCACUUCAUUAUAUUGCUCGAUUUCGAGUUGAAAAAGAUAGUCCAGCUGAUUCUUAUGGGAACGUAAUUCAAUAUUUGAUUCAUCAUGGCGCUAAUAUAAAUGCAUGCGAUAUUUUUCAGGCAACACCUCUUCAUCAUGCUUGCGAACGUAAUAAUGUUAAAUGUGCUGAAAUACUCAUCUCUAAAAAUGCAAAUAUCGCAGCAGUGGAUCGUCAAAAUAUGCAACCUUUACAUGGUGCUUGUUUUUAUGGUAGUCUGGAUACUGCUCGUUUAUUAAUUGAACAUGGUGCUGAUCUAUUAGCUACUGAUGGCGGUGGUUCAAUACCGGUCGCACAUGCUUGUCGUAAUUCUCAUUAUAAAAUCUUGGAUAUGAUUUUUAAUACACUUAAUCAACAUGAAACAAUUAGUGACAUAGUCAAAGCUGCUGAUAAUGACCAGAAUACACUGUUACAUUUAGCGGUUGCAUCUGCUAAUGUUGAAAUUGUUGAUUUACUUCUAUCGAAACAUGCUGACCCAUCAGCUAAACGUGCCGAUGGACAAACACCUAUACAUUUAUGUGCAAAAACGGAUUCAAUUGAAAUUCUGGAAAAAUUAAUUCAAGCUGGAGGUGAUAUCAAUGAUGUUGAUAAUGAAAAUGAAACGAUUUUACAUAAAGCAGCUACACAUAAUAAAGAAAAUAUUCUUGCAUAUGUAUUAUUAAAACAAAACAAUAAAGAGUUUAUUCAGAAAAAAAAUCUCUCUGGCAUCACAGCUGUAUUUCUAGCUGUCACAUAUGGACAUGCAGCAUGUGUUAAAUGUCUAUUAGAAGCCGGUGCUGAUAUGUUUAAUAAUCGCGAUAAACGUGAACGUGGCCCUAUCCAUUUAGCAUCGAUGAGAAAUCAUAUUCAAACAUUAGAAAUACUUUUAAAGCAUGCUAGAGAAAAUGGUGGCGUAGAAAAAGAAAAAUUAGCUAUCAAUGAAAUUGACCGAUACAGUCGAACAGCCUUACAUGCAGCUGCAGAACUUGGUCAUGUUGAUAUUGUUAGUGAAUUAUUAAAACGAGAAGCUUCAUUAAUAAUCAAAGAUGAUGAUGAAUAUACGCCAUUAAUGUUAUGCUGUAAAAAAAAUCAUUUGGCUGUUUUAAAAAUAUUUAUUGAUUAUAUUAAUAUACGUUAUCAGGCAUCGAGAGAAAAACUUAAUAUACUUGAAGAACGAGAUGAUCAAUCGAAUACAGCUCUUCAUAUUGCUGCUGCUGAAGGUCAUUCGUCGAUUAUAAAACUAUUAUUGGAACAAAAUUGUGAUUUACAAUCACGCAAUAUGAUAUCAUGUUUACCAAUUCAUUGUGCUGCUGAACGUGGUCGAUAUAAUAGCGUUCGGACGUUAAUCGAAAAUCAUAGUCCUGUGGAUCCAGUUGAUAAAAAUCAGCAAACGCCUCUUCAUCUAGCUGCACGUAAGGGACAUUCCGAAGUCGUUAAACUUCUAUUAAAAAAUGGUGCACAAAUCGAUAAACGUACAUCAAGCGGUGAUAAUUGUCUCGAUUUAGCUAUUAGUACAAAUCAGUAUAAUGUUGCUGAAAAAUUAGUUAAUCAUCGCGAUUGGGCAUUAAUAUUACGUAAUGCUCAAUAUGAUGAACACACGAAACUUUGGGAUACACCAUUAAGAAAAUUAAUACGAAAAAUGCCUGAUAUUGCAUUAAUUGUAUUAAAUAGAUGUUGUACAAUAACAACAAAAAGUAAAAACGAACAAUUAUCAUCCAAUAAUGACAAUACAAAUGAGAACAAGAAAAAUAAAAUAAAAAAAUCUAAACAAGAAUAUAUUCUUGAAUUAGAAGAACAACUCAAUAGUAAUAAUAUUGAAACAAGUGGUCUAUCAAAAGACGAAACACAAAUACAUAAUUUAGCAUUUGUUUAUACAUACGAAUUUUUGGAUGAUCAAUUUCUUCAUGAGAAAUGGCAAAAAGGAGACACGGAUAGUAUUUUCGAACCCGAUGGCCGAUUAUAUCCGGGUAUGAAUAAUCGAGAAUUAGAUUCAAAACGUCUAAACUUAAAUCAUCCAUUCACAAUAAUGGCAGACAAAAAUCGUCAAUAUCUACUUGAUCAUCCCGUCGUACAUUCCUUACUUGAUUAUAAAUGGAAUUUAUAUGCACGUUAUGUUUAUUAUUUUAACUUUCUAUUCUAUCUCUUAUUUGUUGCAUCAUUAACCACAUACGUAUUUAUUACAUUUGCUCCAUAUAGUUUCGGUACAACACAUGAUCAAAUGAACGAAAUGACGUGUUCGGAAUUAUGUUCACUUAUUAGACAAAAUAAUACUGAGACUAUUGAGAGGUUACAACCGCGCAUACGAACGCUGCAUAUAUUCCAAUGGUUUGUUAUUAUUUUAGCAUCAAUGCAAAUAGUUAAAGAAUUAUUUCAAAUUCGAACGGAUCGUUUAGAAUAUAUUAAUUUAGAAAAUGCCGUUGAACUAAGUGCGUUCAUUCUUGCGAUUUUAUUUGCAGUUGAUUUUAAUGCAUGUUCAAGAGAAAUUGGUUAUCGAUGUGUGAUACAAUGGGAAUUAGGCGCACUAGGAGUAUUUUUAACAUGGUUUGCAUUAGUUUUAUUUAUACAAAAAUUUCCAAGUUUCGGAAUUUUCGUGGUGAUGUUAACAGAUAUUUUACGAACAUUUUCAAGAUUUUUUCUUGUGUUCUUUUUGUUUGUGAUUGGCUUUGCAUUAGCUUUUCAUAUGUUAUUACAGAAUCAUAAUCCAUUUCAACAUUUUGGAAAUAGCCUAUUGAAAACAUGUGUUAUGAUGAUUGGAGAAUUUGAAUAUGAAGGAAUAUUUCACGGUGAUAAUGCAAAUUAUUUUGGUAUAACCUAUUUCUUUUUUAUUAUCUUUAUUAUUGUUAUGUCGAUAAUAAUUAUGAACUUAUUAGUUGGUUUAGCUGUCGAUGAUAUCAAUAGUGUUAUGCGUGUAGCAACUCUAAAACGUUUAGAAAUGCGUGUGAAAUUAACUCUCGAUGUCGAACGACAGUUGCCACGACGAAGAUUUUUUUCUUCAAUUCGCCGUUACCGUAUAGUUACUUAUCGAGGAUCAUAUUGGCAAAAGUUUUUUAAGAAAAUACUUCGCGUGCACAUUAAAACACAAUUCGAUAAAAAUUUUGCUCGUUUAGAACAAUAUGGUUUGAUACAAACAGCUGACAAUCAAGAUCAAAAAGGGUCUUCAGCGACAACAAUGAAUCUACAGAAAAUUGAUGAUAAAAAUAAAUCAACAGUAGUGACAACAGUUGGCAUCGGCGGAGUUUCAUCGGAUUGGAUUACAAAUAUUCAUGGACAAAUAAAUACGAAAUAUAAUGAAUUUAAUAGGCAUAUGGCAGAUUUAAAAACACAAGAAGAAAAAAUUAAUAAUAUUUUACAACAAUUUCCAAUAACAGCAACAAGUAGACAUAAUUCACAUUCAACAUUUGCUCCUACAACUUAA